AGAUCGAAAACCGGGCUGAAACGAAACAGGUUAUUCUGUCCGUCCUGUGCUACCAUACUAGUGAGUGGCAAGCCAGUAUAAAUACGACGUGAUUUCAGUGUUGUGUUCCUGUGCUUGCUCACGUCUACCUUGGAGUAAAGGUCAACAGAAGCAGGACAGCUUUGAAGGUUUGGAUUUUCGGGUUUUGGGGGAAGAAUCAUGGCGGAAAAGAGUUCCCAGUCGCAGGUAGCUCAAGCUAAAAUAGGAAGUUACUUGCUUGGUGAUACUCUGGGUGUCGGUUCGUUUGGCAAAGUUAAAAUUGCCACUCAUGAACAAACGAAGCAAAAGGUUGCUGUUAAAAUUGUCAACCGGAACAAAAUCAAGAAUCUCGAUGUCGUCGGGAAGAUUCGCAAAGAAAUCCAAAACCUCAAACUGUUCAGACAUCCACAUAUCAUCAAGCUUUACCAAGUGUUCAGCACACCUACAGAUAUUUUUAUGGUGAUGGAGUUCGUAUCGGGCGGUGAAUUAUUUGAUUAUAUCGUAAAACAUGGAAAGCUGAAAGAUGCUGAAGCAAGGCGAUUCUUCCAGCAAAUUAUUUCAGGUGUUGACUAUUGUCACCGCCACAUGGUGGUACAUCGUGAUUUGAAACCUGAAAACCUUCUUCUGGAUCAUCGGCUCAAUGUGAAAAUUGCCGACUUUGGGCUUUCAAACAUGAUGAUGGACGGAGAGUUUCUGCGAACCAGCUGCGGUUCGCCGAAUUACGCUGCACCAGAGGUUAUUUCUGGAAAACUGUACGCUGGUCCAGAAGUUGACAUCUGGAGUUGUGGUGUUGUUUUAUAUGCCUUGCUGUGCGGAACGCUUCCAUUUGAUGACGAACAUGUUCCAACGUUGUUUAGAAAGAUUAAGUCCGGUAUGUUUCCAAUUCCGGAUUAUCUAAGCAAGGACGUCACUAAUCUACUGGUCAAAUGCCUACAGGUAGAUCCGUUGAAGAGGGCCACCAUCAAAGAUAUCAGAGAACAUGAUUGGUUUAAAGUUGACCUCCCACUUUAUCUGUUCCCCUCUGUUGAUGAAGACUGUAAUGUCAUUGAUACGGAUGUAGUAAAGGAGAUUUGUGAGAAAUACAAUGUCACCGAGAAUGAAGUGCGUUCGGCCAUUUACAAGAACGAGCCCCAUGAUGAGUUACUAAUUGCAUAUAACCUCGUUAUUGAUAACAAACGAAUAGAAACGGAAGCAUGCCGAGAAAAUAAGGAUUUCUUCUUAGCAUCAAGCCCUCCAGCAGAUUCAUUUAUGCUGUCAAGUCCCCUCAAACCUCACCCAGAAAGAAUGCCAGAAUUAAAGAAUGUAAGCCGUACCCUCGACCCACUGUUAGCUACUGAAAAUAAACUUCACCACACUCCAGCCAAGAAAGCGAAAUGGCACCUGGGUAUUCGGUCUCAAAGUAAACCUCAAGACAUUAUGUACGAAGUGUUCAGAGCUAUGAAAACCUUAAAUUUUGAGUGGAAAGUUGUAAACCCAUUUUAUGUCCGGGUUCGUCGGAGGAAUUCUUCUGGACGAUAUGUGCGUAUGAGUUUGCAGCUCUACCAGGUGGAUCAGAAGAGCUACCUGCUUGAUUUCAAGAGCCUAAACACUGUCGAUGUCAACGAAUGUUCCCCUUCACUGCCUGCCGCAGGUGGUCGCGCUUCGACAGGCAGCCCCCCCUUCUUGGGGGCUACUGCUGCGGCUGCUGGUGGUGCUACUUCUAGUUUGGCCUCCUCCAUAUCAUCAGAUGCUGCUGAAGAUUUCCUUCAGGCUUUAGAUGAGAACCAAGAAAACAAGGAACCGCAGAAGAUGCAGACUCACCAAACCCUGGAAUUCUUUGAGAUGUGCUCCAGCCUAAUUAUAACUCUGGCUCGUUAGAAUCUCUUCCAUUUUAAUUGUUAUUAAUCUGGCUCGUUAAACUCUCUUUAGUUAGCACCUGCGCAUCUCUCUCCUUCCUCUCACUACUCUCCCCCCUCUCAUCUUGCUCCUCUUUCCCUCUCUUCUCUUGUCUCUCUUCCUCUCUCCUUACUCCCAUUUCUCCCCCCUUAACCCCCGCCUCCAGCCCUUCUAUAAAUAUAUCCUUAUCUGUAAAUAUUUUUCCAAUCUCUUUAUUUUUUUCUUUUUGCCUUUUUGUCUUCUUCCUGCCUUCCACUCCUUUUUCUGACCCCUAUUUUAUCUAGAUGUCAACGCAUACCCACAGUCAAGUCUGUAUUUAGGGAUCAGUUUGCAUUUCAUAGGGCACUUCUGGGUUGGAGAUGGUUGUUCUGGGUUGGGCAUGGGGCCAUGCCCUAGCCCUUGAUCAGGACAGGAUUGGCUGACAAAAGUCUUGGUGGAGGAGGGUGUGCCGGGGGCAAGAGGCAUAUGAUGUCUCCUUUCAGACUCCUUGUUUGGUUAAACACUGUAUUGUUCCCUUAACUAUUUGCAACCCCUUAAAAACUCCUUGUUUGAUAAAAACACUGUACUGUGACCCUUUAAAAACAUUUUGCUUCAUUAAACACUAGUCUGUCCCCUUAAAACUAAACUGCCCCACUCCCAUGCAACUCAAUUUUAUUACCCCCUUUCUAAUAACCUUCAUGUUUACUGCCUAUGGCCCUUAUCUCCCAAUGCCUAACUUUAACAUUAUUUACUCCAGUGGCCCCUAUUUACACCAUGACAAAAGAUUUUUCCUUUAGUUUUUUUUUCAAUCAUUAUUGCUGAGGAUAAUAAGGAUGCAGAAUUGGUAGAUUGGUAGGCUAAAUUGCAUAAUUGGUAGAUUGGCAGGCUAAAUUGCAUAAUUGGUAGAUUGGUAGGCUAAAUUACAUAAUUGGUAGAUUAGCAGGCAUAAUUGGUAGAUUGGUUGGCUAAAUUGCAUAAUUGGUAGAUUGGCAGGCUAAAUUGCGUAAUUGGUAGAUUGGCAGGCUAAAUUGCGUAACUGGUAGAUUGGCAGGCUAAAUUGCAUAAUUGAUAGAUUGACAGGCUAAAUUGUGUAAUUGGUAGAUUGGCAGGCUAAAUUGUGUAAUUGAUAGAUUGGCAGGCUAAAUUGCAUAAUUGGUAGAUUAAGAGGUAAAAUUGUAGAAGGGGUAGAUUGGCUAACUGAAUUGGUACAGCGGCAGGCUACAUUGUAGAACUGGUAAAUUGGCAGGCUAAAUCACAGAAUUGGGGGUUUGACAGACUAAAUUGCAAAAUUGGUUAAUUAAUAGAAAAAAAAAUUGGUAGACUGGCAUUCAAAAUUGCUGAAUUAGUAAAUUGGCUGAGACAAUUUCAGAUUUGAUAGAAAAUGGGACAAACAGUUUAUAAUAUCAGUCCAGGUCCCUUU